UUUUGCCACCGUCCUGGAGCGGCGUAGCCGAAAGAUUCCUUCCAACAGCUUGUGCGGGGAACUGGCGCUGAAUUAUUACCAUACAUGUUAACCGCCGUGACAAAUGGAUUAUCACCGUGAUCACAAAGAAAACGCUGUUCGUGCUUCGCGAUGUGUGCAGAUAUUUCUGUGCUGUAACCCUGAAGAAACCAAAGUGGAGAGGAAGGCACUGAGGGAAAAGGUUUAUCCAAAACUGCGAGAAUACUGCAGGUACAAACAUGGACUAGAGUUCCAGGUGAUUGAUGCGUAUAUGGGCGUAGAUCCCAAUGAUGUCCACGAUUGUGAUGUCCGGAAACUCCGGAUGAAGCUCUUGGAUGACUGUUUGAAGUUUUCUGCUGGGCCGUGCUUUGUGGCGUUAAUAGGAGAACAAUAUGGAAGUACAGGCGUACCAGAGGAAAUUGAAGUCAACGAGUUUGAGAUGAUUCUCUGCAGAUUGCAAAAUGGAGGCCUCAAGACCACAGUACUGGAGAACUGGUACCAUCGAGAUGAGAAUUGUGUUCCUGCUGCCUACUGUCUGAGGGCUAAAGCCGAUGUCCUUCCUGACUACAACAACAAGAGCAACGGAAGAGCGAGGGAAGAGGCCCGUGCAGCGUGGCACGACGACUUCACAGAAAUGACGAUGACCUUCAGCACAAUCGUUACAGAGUGCCUCAAAGAAGGGACAUUAAAUCCAGAACAAGCUCAAAAAUACUUCACCUCAGCUCUUGAAGCUGAGUUGCAGCAUGGUGUGAUAAACCAGCCCCCCAGCAUUCUCCGAAACUGCAUCUGCUACGUUUGUAAAAUUCCACACCUCACUCACCACCUUAAGAAGCUCCUUGCAAACCAGAAGGGACCACAAGGCCGCGCUGGGAAGCUGCCCCAGGAAGCGUUGGCACACGCCAAACUCCUCAGACUGCGUGAUGAAAUUCUCCCGUUGUUGGCCACAGUCUCAGAUUUACGUGUUUACACUUCAACUUUGCUGGGCAACCACGCUGGGAAGAUGAAACAAGAAUACAUCGAGGAACUUUGCCAGCAGUUCUACACUGAUAUUGUUAAGCUUAUUGACAGCAGCAACAAAAACACACAAAAACCUGUGGACAGCUUUGAGAGUGUGGAAGUGGAAAACAUGAAGCAUGUGACUUUGUGCAAUUUAUAUGCAUCCCUUUCUGACUUUGAAUGGAAAGAAAGAGACCAAAUUAAAGAAUACAUUGUGGGGAAGCAACCAAGCGCCCCCUUUAUCAUUGUGGGGGGGCCUUGCACUGGAAAGACAGUUCUCUUGGCAACUUGUGCCAAACAGAUACGUUCAUGGCUGAAUAAAUGCGAUCCGGUGAUAGUUGGCCGCUUCCUCUCGACAGGCCUCAGAACCUCCUUCUGGAAUGCCCUGAUUGGAAUCUGUCACCAGAUCGCUGUGAGCUACCACAAGCCUGUGCCAGAAUAUUCUGACAGCUCUGAAGAACUAGUGAACUGUUUUGUGAACCUUUUAGAGUUGUCAUCUGAACUGUAUCCCUUGAUAAUAAUGAUCGAUGGUGUUGAUCAGGUCUCAGAGGCUGAUAAUGCCAGAACCUUAUGGUGGCUUCCAAAUCUUCUGCCACCCUUUACCAGGUUAAUUGUUUCCAUCACUAAUAAGACAUAUGAAAUGACACGAGAAGGCACAUUGCUGCACCCAAAUGCAGCGUACUUUCUUGAACUAAAGCCGAGGGAAAGAAAGGAAUGCAACAAAGUUCUCACACGAACUCUGCUUUCCUCCAGCAGAAGGAUUACAUCUGGGCAGCAGAUUUACGUGAAUGCAGCACUGGACCAGUGUUCUCUUCCACUUUAUGUUAAGUUGCUUUAUAAUGAAGUGCUAUGUUGGACGUCUCAUGAUGAUGUUAAUGACCAGACUUUAGGAAGAACUGUUCACGACAAUAUUGAUCGACUGCUUAAAAGGCUUGAAAGGAAGCAUGGGGAAGGCUUGGUUUCCAGAGUUCUGGGUUAUGUAACACUUGCAAAUUCAGGACUUAGUGAGGUUGAACUGCUGGAUAUUUUGUCACUUGACAACCACGUGAUAAGAGACUUUUGGCCUCAAGAUGCUUUGCCAGUCUCACUGAAGGUACCAUAUUAUACAUUAGCAAGAUUACGAGAGGAUUUGAGAGGAUUUUUAGUGGAAAGGCCACACAACGGAGUAAAGAUGCUCUUCUGGGCAAACAGACAUUUUCCACUGGUCAUUAAGAGGUGCUACCUCCAGAACUGGGACACCGUACAACAGAUGCACAGUGUUAUGGUGGAAUAUUUUUAUGGUCGAUGGUCCAAUGGAAGAGCAAAGCCAUUUUCUGUCUCUCUGUUGCAACAGAGCCCAAUAAAGUAUCAACAGGUGCAUCGGGGGACUUCAGAGCACAAGCCUUUGACGGAAAAGUACGUUGACAGGCAGCAGCCUUCACAGCCUUGGCUUUUUCAUUUCCAGACUCCUUUAGAAGACCAUUGUCCAGUCUUUGCAAAUCUUAGAAAAGUUGAAGAGCUGCCUUAUCAUUUGAGGAGGAUUGGAAAGCUGCAAGAAUUAUAUUUUAAUGUGCUAACUUCAUUCGCAUCCCAUCUGGCGAUGAUUAAAGCUGGCCAUUUGGUUCAACUGAUAACUGAGCUGGAAGAGAAUAUUCAGACGUUAAACCGAAGGGGUGUCAGAUUCUUGGCAACAGUUCUAAAGAGUGCAUUUUGUCUGCUGCAGAAAUCCCCUGAACAACUUCCAAUGGUUGUUCAGGUGAGGGUUCUACCAUUUGCAGGAUGCUUCCCACAACUGUUCAGUUUUCUAAUGCAAGCUUAUAAAGAAGGGUUUCAGCACAAUGCCAUUGCUGUGCUACACAGUCCAGUAAUUACUGUGCCAAGAGUGCACACCUCUCUGUGUACCUCCGACUUCUCUGCAGCAACUGAUAUCAUAGAAAUCCAGUCACAAUCUGCAGUUCUUGUAACUCUGGAAAGCGGCUCUGUAUACACUUGGAACCCAGAUUUCCAAACAGCUCAGGAACGAAUAAGCACUAAUGGCGUUAAGGUUUCAGGAGCUAGAGUAUCCCAUGGCGACCAGUUCCUUGUACUAGCGACUGAACGUAGCACGAUGUUAGUCUACGAUUUUUCCCAGCUAACCCUGCUCUACGAAGCUGAAGUGAGAAGAGCAGUUGACGGUGGCAUAGCAAAAGUUCUUCAGCCAGUCAGCGGCUUUGCCUUAUGCAAUACAAACGUGGUGGUCUGGUUUGACAGUAGCGUAGUAGUGAGGCUCUUUAAUCUUAACUCUCAUCACACAAUCAGGCAGCUGAACUGCCAACAUAAUGUUCAGUGUAUUUCCUUUUCUAGUGAUGGAACCUAUGCACUGUGUGGACAAUUGAAGAGCACAGUUACAAUAUUCAACAUUCACACUGGUUGCCAGGUAGCCACAGUUGCUUCUGAACUCGAGGACACACCUGUAUAUUCCAUUUUCCUGAGUGCUUCCAAUGAAGAAACCUAUGUUGUGGACAAGAUUGGAAAUAAAUUUGUUUGGGACACAGAGAACCUGACUGAGCCAAGUCUUCAGGAGAGUAUUAUUUGUUCAGAUAAUGAAGAUGAACUUCUCAAUGUUGAAUUUUUGUCCCAUUCCCUCUUAUUGUGCAAGAUGUCUUGUAUUGAAGUCUGGGACACAUUGAAUUGGAAUGUGUCAGACUUGUUCAAACCUCCAAAAAAUGAACAUUUUAUCCAAGCCAUAUUGUCACUAGAUUGCCAUUGGAUUUUAGCUGUCAUCAGUGGUUCCGAGGCCUUAUUUGUGUGGAAGAGAGAGACAGGACAGUGUGUUCUAAUGCUUGAGAACAGAUUUGGUACACCAUUGAGAUUAACCAAGUGCAUUACACAGAAGUCUUUGGUAUCAUUCACUUCAAAGGGAUAUGCCUUAUCCUGGGACUUCGAUUGCAUAAAUAGAGUCUCAGCUCUAGCGAAGGCAGAAAAGGCCAUACAAUCAGUUCUCCUUUCGAAAGAAGGGAAGUAUUUUUAUACCUCUGAUGGUACCAGCGUCAUACUCAAAUGGAGCCUGACUUUCUGUCAAAUUGAGGCUACCUUUACACAUGCCAACCUCAUUAAACACUGCGCUCUUACAAGGACAGGGGCCACCCUGGUAACUGCAGAUGUCAGCGGUGACCUUUAUGUCUGGGACACGAAAACUGGUGAAAACUUCCACAGGAUCAGAUACAGCAUUGUGACGCAACUGUUGGUGACACCAAACGAUCACUCUGUGGUGUCACUCUGUGAAGGCUCCACUUCUAAGGUCUGGAAUUUGUCCAAUGGGCACGUUGUCUGUGAUAUUCACGUACCCUUAAAGAAGGCAACGAUUAUGCCAGAAAGCACGUUUGUUUUAGGUCUUCAUCAGUAUUGUCUCCUCGCUGUCAGCUUGUGGUCAGGUGGCAUAGUCAAGAGAUUUGAAUGUGUUGACAAGUCUAAUAUUGUUGCCUUCCAAACACUGAAAGAUUAUCCAGACUACAUUUUGCUCAUUACAUCUUCUGGAUGCAUGUACACCUGGAAUGUGGCAGAGGAAACGUUUUGCCAGCAGGUCCAGCUCCCAAUCAAGUUCUCCAAACCCCUGGAUAACUUUCAGGUUUCUGAUAGUGGGAGCAUUGCAAUAAUGUCAGCUAUCACUAAGAGUAUCAACGUCUUGGACAUCCUACAAGGAAAAAUGUGUGUUAUUAGUACUGAGGGAGAUAUCUUUAAUCAGCAAUUAACAAGAGAUGGUCAAUAUGUUGUUUACAUAGAUUACAGAGACUCCUGUAGUUGUGACUUUCAUUCCAGUCCAACACUUAACAUUGUUCGAACAACAGAUGGAAAAAAUAUUGGAUCCUGCCAUUUGUGUAAAAUUCCCUCCAGUAUUCUUGUCUGUGAACAUGAUUUAAAUAUUUUAGUUGGUUUUGAAGACGGGAGUGUUGGAAUAUAUGCAGUUGUUGACAAUCCUGGUUCUGAGAACAAAAUUAAAAGCCAACUGACAGAGAUGAUCAAAGGUGAAUAUUACCCUGAAAACAAAAAUUGGUACUUUAAAGACUUACCUGAUGCUGUUUGGGUAGAUUCAGUCAAUGAAUAUUCACAAUAACUGCUUUGCAUGCUGGAUGAGUAGAUAGUGCCAGUCCCUUAGUCUUUUCCAUUUGUUGGACAACACAAAAGAUUUAUGUCUGAACUGUUCAGAUAAAUAUACUGCAGGAAUACUCUGAAAAUGAUUUUUUGCUUGACAAAUCAACUGUACUUAGUAGCAGGCUUUCAAAAAGAAAAUUACGAAGAAUGAUUAGUGACAUCCAAAUGUGACCAGUUUCUCAAUUCUGUGGAAAAUGAAGCCUUCUGAUUUUUCUAUAAAGCACUGGGCACAUGGACUUAAUGUGCUCAGAGUAUAUUUUAUUAUGUAUUAAUAACUUUAUAAGUGAUUGCAGAGAUUCUGUCUACCUGCUGAAAUACACUGAGAAGAGUAAUGUAAUUCUCACCAUUUCAAAAACAAUUUAUUUUCAGAGCAAACAUGAGGCAUUUAUUAAGUAAAUUUUGCAAUAAUAUCUGCAAGAAAUUCAGAAGGAGGCUGCAACAGUAUGGUGUGGAGGAUGUCUAUUUUAUUAAUAGAGCCCAUUGGCCCACUUAGUCCAUUGCCAAACUAUUUUUCAGCCUAGCCCAUCCUUGCACCUUGAUCAUAGCCCUCCAUACCCCUCCCAUCCAUGUAUCUAUUCAAAUUUCUCUUAAAUGUUUAAAUCAAACCUGCAUCCACCACUUACACUGGCAGUUCGUUCCACACUCUGUGAAGAAGAUCCCCCAUGUUCCCCUUAAGUAUGUCAACUUCCACUCUUAACCCAUGACCUCUAGUUCUAGUCUCACCCAACCUGAGUGGAAAAGGCCUGCUUGCAUUUACCCUGUCUAUAACCCUCAUAAUUUUGUAUAGCUCUAUCAAAUCGCUCCUUAUUCUCCAAUGCUGUAGGAAAUAAAGUCCUAAUCUAUUCAAUCUUUCCCUAUAACUCAGGUUCUCAAAACCUAGCUGUUAUGCUUUGUAACUCCAAAAAAAAAUGAAAGGAAAACAUAGUAAGUUAAUUGGAUUAGACAUUGGCUUUGUGGGAGAUCGGUAGUUGAUAGUUGCCUGUCUGACUGGAGGCCUGUGACUAGUGGAGUGCCGCAGGGAUUGGUGCUGUGUCCAAUCACAUGCAAGAGAAAAUCUGCGGAUGCUGGAAAUCCGAGCAACUCACACAAGUGCUGGAGGAACUCAGCAGGCCAGCCAGCAUCUAUGGAAAAGAGUAAACAGCUGACAUUUUUUUCCAACAUUUUGCAUUUGUGGUUCAGUCCAUUGUUAUUUGUCAUCUACUUCAACAGUCUGGAUGAUAAUGUGCUUAACUGGAUCAGCAAAUUUGCAGGUGACACCAAGAUAGGUAGUGGACAGUGAGGAAGACUAUCAUGGCUUGCAGCAGGAUCUGAACCAGCUUGAAAAAUGGGCUGAAAAACGGCAGGUAGAAUUUAAUGCAGACAAAUGAGAGCUGCUACACUUUGGUGGGACCAACCAGGGUAGGUCUUACACAGUGGGCAGUAAGGUAUUGAGGAGUGUGGUAGAACAAAGGUCCUUAAGUCACUGAAAGUGGUGCCACAGGUAGAUAGGAUUGUAAAGAAAGCUUCUGGUACAUUAGUCUUCAUAAAUCAAAGUAUUGAGUACAGGAGAUGGGAUGUUAUGUUGAAGUACAAGACAUUGGUCUAGACUUAUCGUGUUCAUACAUAUACUGUAUGGUUCAUGUCUUGGUAAACCCAUUUAUACUGUAACCAUUGUUUAUGUCUUUUUUCAUCUGUAAUGGAAUGUGUAUGUUUGUAAUUUCUUUAUUAAUAUAUCAUUUGUAUUUUGUCCAUAUUAUUAUGAAUAAUAAAAAGAUUGAGAAGGGAAAAAAAAAGACAUUGGUGAGGCCUAACUUGAAGUACUAUGUGCAGUUUUAGUCACCUACCUGUAGGGAAGAAGUAAAUAACAUUGAAAGAGUGCAGAGAAAAUUUACAAGGAUGUUGCUGAGUCUGGAGGACCUGAGAUAUAUGGAAAGAUUGAAUUGGUUAGGACUUUAUUCCUUGGAAUGUAGAAGAUUGAGAGGAAGUUUGAUAGAAGUAUCCAAAAUUAUGAGGGGUAUAGAUAGGGUAAAUGCAAGCAAGCUUUUUCCACUGAGGUUGGGUGGGACUACAACCAGAGGUCAUGGGUUAAGAGUGAAAAGGGAAAAGUUUAAGGGGAACAUGAGGGGAAUCUUCUUCACUCAGAGAGUCAUGAGAGUAUGGAACGAGCUGCCAGCACAAGUGGUGCAUGCAAGCUUGAUUUCAAUGUUUAAGAGAAGUUUGGGUAGGUACAUGGAUGGUAGGGGGUACGGAGGGCUAUGGUCCCAGUGCAGGUUGAUGGGAGUAGGCAGUUUAAAUGUUUCAGCAUGGACUGGAUGGGCCAAAGGGCCAGGUUCUGUGUUGUAUUUUUCUAUCACUCUACGACACAAGCUAGGAAAAUGUGUCUAGUUUUACUGUAGCGAGGGAUGCAGGUAUGACAUGGUGGCGUAAUAAUGAAUGCCAUUCACCUACUUCCUACAUAUAAACCAUAAUGAAUUAUGUGAACAAAGAUUAAACGAUAUAUUUACAAUAUUGCUCAAAUAUUACUGAAAUAUGAAGUACAUUCCUCCCUGCUUAGCUAUAAACUCCAACUCACUAUAAAGUGCAUCUCAACUCAAAUCUAUAAUUUAUUUUUCUGUAGUUAUAUCUAUCUUCAUGUGGGUGUGUGUGUGUGUAUAUAUACACACACACACACAUAUACACACUCACAUAUAUUCAGUAUACUAUGCAAUACAUCUGCUAUAUAGAUAACCAGAGCAUUGUAAAUUUUAAGUUGUCCCAUUCAGGCCUAAAGAUUUCAUCGUUGUAGAGGAUUUCUUAAUCUUGUGAGAUAAUGUCUUCCCUGACUCUGGGGGUGGAGGGGGGUAGUCACUCUGUUUGGCAGGUGAAACUUGUGAAAUAAUCUCAGGUUCUGGGGUUUCCACUGUCUUGGUUGUAGGAGGUGACUCUGGGACUGCAGGAAGUGGUUCUGACAGCUCUGGAAACCUUUCUCUAACAAUUGACUCUGCUCUCCUCAACUGGUGAUGUCUCCAGAUGAGAUGCAAUCUCCUCUCUGCAGGAGAAUGAUCCAGUUCUGUCUUUAAUCAUUUCAACUACCCAUUUAUUUUCAGCUCUCUGGUCCCUCGCUAGGACUGCUUGUCCCAUAAUGAAACAUCGCACCUCCUUGUUUGAGAAGCCCUUAAUUUGACUCAGCUAUUGGUCCUGCAUACUCCUCCUGAGACUGGGUUUGAGGAGAUCCACGUGUGAGAGCAAGGGGUGACCCAGGAACAGCAUAGCAAGUGAGUUGUUGGUUGUGUAUUGUGUUGCACUUGCCAUUUUCUGGAUGAGUUUGCAUCCUGAACAGUGCACGGCAAGCUGCUCGAUCUGCUGAUCUAUCCCUGGCCACCAGACAGAGCUUCAAGCCAAUGCUUCCGUUUCGAACACGACUAGAUGACCGGUACGAAGUUCCUCCAUCACUUUAGCAUUACAGACAGGCUUCACUGGACAAAGUGAAUGGAGGUCCCAGGACUGGACACCAUCUAUUCCAGCCGACUCAGGAGGAAAGCAAUCAGUAUAACCAGAGACACUACUAACCCCGGCUACUCCCUGUUUGACCCGCUGCCGUCCAGCAAAAGGUUCAAGACACUAAAAGCCAGAACAAAUAGACUGAGGAACAGCUUCUACCCCAGAGCUGCGGCCUCCAUCACACCACUCCCACGGAACAAUGACUGAAACUGUGAGCACACACAAGGACUCAAAUACUUGCACUAACGGCACUUUGGGCAUUACUGUGAUAUUCUGGUGCUGCUGUAACUUAUUUUAUGCCACUUAUCUGUUUAAUACUGUUUUUCUAGUACUAUCUUGUUUUUAUCUACCGCUUUAUUUAACUGCCUGAGAGGAACCUAAACAGAGUUUCAUUGUACCUAUGUAUAAUGACAAUAAAGAUCAUCCAAUUCAAAAUCAUAA